GAAGACGACGUCGUGAUGGUACUAUGGUUCAAAGAUUUGGAUGGGGAACCGCUGUAUAGCUACGAUAUCCGAGGACGCUCAAUGUCACAGCCCAAACUCUGGUCAUCACCACUAGUAUUCGGGAGCAGAGCAUUCUUCCGUGGUGGUGCUACACCAGCGGUCCUCAUGGUGGACAAUGUCGUGGCCAUGGACGCUGGAGUUUACAGAUGCAGGGUAGACUUCAAGAACUCGCCGACGAGAAAUUUGAGGGUUAAUUUUACUGUUAUAAUUCCGCCUAGCCGUCCUACGAUAUACGACUCACUGAGAAGAGACAGAACGAAGUUAGUCGAGCCUUACAACGAGGGCUCCAAUGUUAUGCUCAGCUGCGAAGUCGAAGGAGGUAAACCUAGACCCCGAGUCACGUGGUAUCUCGAGAACACAGUCAUUGAUGACUCGUAUGAACAGCGGCCUGAUGGUAUCACCGUUAACACACUGACCUUCCCCAAUGUUGGUAGACAGCAUUUCAACGCGAGACUGGUCUGCCAAGCUUCCAACACGAAUUUAGCACCGCCAGAAACCAAAGUCCUUAUCUUAGAUAUCAAUUUAAAACCAAUAACUGUGACAAUAUUAGCAAAGGAGAAGCAAGUAUCCGCUGACAAGAGGUACGAGGUGGAAUGCAAGACGACGGGCUCCCGGCCGGAAGCGUCUGUGACAUGGUGGAAGAACAACAGGCAGUUGAAACGAAUGGCCAAAAAUUUCUCUGAGAAUAAUGAAACGUUAAGCGUGCUGAGUCUGGUUCCGAGUGUAGAAGAUGAUGGUAAAUAUUUGACAUGCAGAUCUGAAAAUAAAUUCAUACCAGACUCAGCCAUCGAGGAUAAAUGGAGACUCAACGUACACUAUGUACCAGUAGUGGAUCUCAAAAUGGGAUCCAAUUUAAAUCCGGACGAGAUAAAGGAAGGCGACGAUGUUUAUUUCGAAUGUACGGUGAAGGCAAAUCCAAAAACCCAUCGAUUGGUUUGGUUUCAUGAUAAUUCAGAAAUCUACCACAACGAGGCUGCUGGCAUUAUUCUCAGUGCUCAAAGUUUGGUAUUACAAAGUGUGACUAGAGCAGCGGCUGGAGAUUAUACUUGUAUGGCUGCAAACAGCGAAGGAAAAGGCACGAGUAACCCCGUCACACUGCUUGUAAGAUAUGCACCGAUAUGUGCGGAACGAAGAGACGGCGAGUUGUUCGGGGCACUGAAACAUGAAACUGUGUCACUCCACUGUUCAGUUGAUGCCAAUCCCGCACUUGUGUCUUUUCAUUGGACUUUUAACAAUUCUGGAGAACAAACGGAAAUCCCGCCAAAGUUAUACAACAGUCACGGACAUACAUCCACACUUAAUUACACACCAACCACAGAUAUGGAGUACGGAACCUUAGCUUGUUACGGUGCUAAUACUGUUGGACAGCAGAAGGUGCCAUGUUUAUUCCAACUGGUUGCUGCUGGUCGUCCGUUUCAUCUACAAAAUUGUACAGUUGCAAAUCAGAGUAUCGACUCAUUAUACGUGGAGUGUGUAGAAAAUUUCGAUGGUGGUCUACCUCAAACUUUUCUGAUGGAGUUGCUUGAACUUCCCUCGUUGACCGUCCGUUACAACAUUUACACGAACAAGACUCCACCGUACUUCGAGAUCCGAGGUCUUCCACCAGGCGUCAGCUAUCGUAUCGACCUUUAUGCAGUGAACGCUAAAGGGCGCAGCGAUGUAUCUACUAUUGAAACAGUCACUCUCAAAGGGCAGGCCAAGUUUACUGGAGAGAGCAGUACCCUCGGGAUGUCACCAGUGCUAGUAUCCAUAGCAGCGAUGUCAGCAUUGCUGGCAACAGCUGUUUGUGGUGUACUGGCCGUGCUAUACAAACGGCAUUCGAAUAGGCACAGACAUUUGCCUGCAAAACACGCUCCUUUGAGUGAAGCUGUGUACGUGGAGAGAACCGGCCAGUGUCCAACUCCGGUGAAACAAGAGAUAGAGUCCAGGUCUAGCAGCACUGAACCUAGAGAGAGAGUCGGUGCCCGGGGUGCGUUACUGCACGCGCCUGACCCCAGGGAUGCUGAUGAUGCAGACCCCGAUAUCAUACCUUGUCUGUAUGAACGAAGGCCAGUAUCAAAUGGAUACAUGAGCCUGCAGCGUCCACCGUCGACCGGUAAAAUUACAAAGAUCGGCGGAGAUGAAGUUCGCUCAGAGCCGGACGGCGGCGCCUACUAUACAGACUUUAGGAAGAAGGACUAUAGGAUACCGUUAACUAGUUCGUACCAUAGUUUAGGACGCGUGAACAAGGGUGUGAACGCGUGUAGUCCGAGUUCCGCAACGGGGGUAACUUCAUCCCUCACCGCCCACCGACUGCGACCUGAGGUGGUGACCACCUCGCACAGGGUCCAGGAGAGCUGUAUAUAA